AUGGCAGACCCGGCGCUUCUUCGGCGCACUGCGGACCACCAGGCCGACGUCGUUGUGGUGGGAGCAGGCGUGUUCGGAGCAGCAAUUGCGACGGCGCUGGCGCGGCAACAGCGGUCGGUCAUCCUGCUGGAGCGGUCGCUCAAGGAACCGGAGCGCAUAGUGGGAGAGCUGCUGCAGCCCGGCGGAGUGCGGGCGCUGGAGCAGCUGGGACUGCAGGACUGCCUGGAAGGCAUCGAUGCGGUACCGGUGCACGGCUACGAAGUGAUAUACAACCACCAGUCGGUGUCGAUUCCAUACCCGGUCGUGGACGGCGCGCAACCAGGCUCCAAGCCGGCAGAGGGACGUGCAUUCCACCACGGGCGCUUCAUCCAGAAGCUGCGGGCGGCAGCGGCAGCGGAGAAGAACAUUACGAUUGUGGAGACGGAGGUGAACGGCCUGAUCCGGUCAGAGACGUCGGAUCAGGUGCUGGGCGUGACGGCCAAAACGGACGGCAAGGCGGACUACUAUUUUGGAGCGUUGACAAUCGUGGCGGACGGCUAUCGCAGCAAAUUCCGGGAGGAGAAUGCAGGGCGGAAGCCGACGUCCAAGUCCAAGUUCUGGGCGCUGGAACUGGUGGACGCAGCGCUGCCGGCGCCGAAGCAUGGCCACGUGGUCCUAAACCAGGAGCACUCGCCAGUGCUGCUGUACCAGAUCGGCACGCAUGAGACGCGGGCGCUGGUGAACGUGCCGGACGGGCUGGCAGAGGCAAAGCCGGCACAGGGUGGCGUGCCUGAGUACAUGCGCCGCGUGGUGCUGCCGCAGCUGCCGCCAUCGGUCCAGGGGUCCUUCAGCAAGAGUCUGGAAGCGGGCAGGCUGCGCUGCAUGCCCAACUCGUUCCUGCCGGCCACACCGAACCAGGUGCCAGGGCUGGUGCUCGGCGGCGACGCGCUCAACAUGCGGCACCCGCUGACGGGCGGCGGAAUGACAGUGGCCCUCAACGACAUCGUGGUGCUACGCGACCUGCUGGCACCGGCCCUCGUUCCCUCGCUCGCAGACGUGCCGCUGGUCUUGCGCCAGCUGCAGACGUUCCACUGGCAGCGCAAGCGGCUCUCAGCCGUCAUCAACAUUCUCGCCCAGGCACUCUACUCGCUCUUCGACGCCGACGACUACUACCUCAACGCCCUCCGCAACGGCUGCUUCGCCUACUUUCAGCGCGGUGGCAACUGCAUCCGCGGGCCCGUCCAGCUGCUGGCUGGCGUCACACACCGCCCCCAGGCCCUCGUCUAUCACUUCACCUCUGUCGCCCUGCUGUCCAUCUGGGUCCUCCUCUACUCCAAUCCGCUCUGGCGCCUGCCACUGACCCUGUUUGAGUGUGUCGCCGUGCUGUACAAGGCCAGCGUCGUCAUCCUGCCCUUUAUCUUGGUCGAGUUCUGGUGA